UUAUGCUCAUAUGGCUGUCUUAGUUUUGGGUUUAUAGUUUUUGUCGGAUGCGUUCAGUAUGAGCGGAGGUUUGGCGCCAAGCAAAAGCACCGUUUAUGUGUCCAACCUGCCAUUCUCUCUUACCAACAAUGACCUACACAAGCUAUUCACAAAAUAUGGAAAAGUUGUAAAGGUUACAAUCGUGAAAGAUAAAGACACUCGCCAGAGUAAAGGAGUGGCGUUUGUUCUCUUCCUCGACAGAGAAUCGGCUCAUAACUGUGUCAGGGCCGUGAACAACAAGCAGUUGUUCGGCAGGACACUGAAGGCGAGCAUUGCUGUCGACAACGGGCGAGCGACUGAGUUCAUAAGGAGACGGGAUUAUGUAGACAAAACUAAAUGUUACGAAUGUGGGGACACAGGUCAUCUGAGCUACGCAUGCCCCAAAAACAUGCUGGGUGAGAGGGAACCUCCGAAGAAGAAGGAAAAGAAAAAAAAGAAAAAGGCUCAACAACCUGAGCAUGUUGAAGAGAAAGAAGAAAGUGAAGAGGAGGGAGAGGACCCAGCCCUAGAUAGUCUGAGCCAAGCUAUUGCUUUCCAGGCGGCCCGUAUAGAGGAAGAGGAGGAGACACGGAGGAAGCAGAGGCUUUUGUCUCAAGAAGAGGGUGCUCAUUCUUCGACAUCCUCAGACUCCAAGAAACCAAGGAUCAAAAAGAGUGCAUACUUCAGUGACGAGGAGGAGCUCAGUGACUAAAUACACAGUUCAGACAUUUGUGGAAAUACUGCUUUAUUUUUGUAAGUUGGGAGAUUUUCUCCUUGUACGUAGAACUUUAAGUUGAAAAACCACCUGGUUGAUUUUUUUGACUGUAUUUAUACACGUUUUUCUGUUAAUAAAGCCUUUGUAACA